CAAAAAUGAAUUUGUGGUGCUCUGCCACCAAAGGUCCUCAGCCGCGAACUAGUUUCUGGCGUCAGGUGGCAUUUUCAGCCUUCAACCAUGAUUCCUAUUCAUUCAUACAUAUAAAUCUCCCGCGGAAAAUGAAUAUAAUAUUAAGGAUUCAUAGUAGAAGCUCCAAGAUAUGGCGUCUGUUCUGAGCCCGCUUCUGAAUUUGCUUCCAAUUAGCAAGGUUAAUAAUGGAAACAUCAGAGUUGUUUCAAUAAGAACACUGUCAAUGAGAGAUUGCACACAUUUUAGGAAAAUCAGGCAGAAUUCACGAUAUUCAGCAAUAAAAAAUGAAGCAUCUUUGGAGACAGACGUGCUCAAUAAGGAUUCAAUGAAUGUUGAGGCAGUUGACAGCAAGGAUGAUUUCGGAGUUGUUGGUGUUCACCAUGUUGGGAUCUUGUGCGAGAAUCUCGAGCGGUCAUUACACUUCUACCAGAAUAUUCUCGGUCUAUCUAUAAAUGAGGCACGACCACAUGAUAAGCUCCCUUAUAGGGGUGCUUGGUUGUGGGUAGGCUCUGAGAUGAUACAUUUAAUGGAGCUUCCAAAUCCUGACCCGUUGACCGGACGACCACAACACGGUGGUCGAGAUCGUCAUGCUUGCAUAGCCAUUCGUGACGUGUCGAAACUAAAAGGCAUCCUCGAUAAAGCUGGCAUUCUGUACACCCUCAGUCGCUCGGGUAGGCCGGCAAUCUUUACUCGAGAUCCGGAUGCCAAUGCACUUGAAUUUACGCAGGUAGAUUAAUUUGCUUUUAUAGGAAUGUCAGGUGUAAAAAGUGUGUUUGAGAGUGUGUGUGUGUGUGUGAGAGAGA